GAUUCCUGGUAUUUUCUCUGGACGCGUUGAGACAAAUUUCUAUGGAAAAAGUCAAACUCUCUCUGCGUGAACUUUCUUUACUCAGUCAUCUCUCCCGUCUCCGUCGUCUACCUUGUCACUACCACCGAACUGAAGGUUCCAGUUCAUACACUGUUUCCCUCCGUUUCGCCUAUUCGAUUCUGGCCCAAAGGAGAACAUAGCUUCGGCUUCGUAACUUUGUAAAGUUUCAGGUUGUGCUUUCUGGGUCGUUCAAAUAAUCGGAUAUGCUUCAUGGGUUUGUGAAAUUGAAGCUGGUCGUUCCGUUUUGUGUCUGAAAUUGGAUCAACAACAAUGGCUGGGCUGCUGAGAAAGUUGCGGCCUGCUGUGCCUGCAAUUCCUGACAAUGAUGAUGACGGAAACGUCGACACCGAUUACUCAAUAGCCUUGGAGUACCAUGGCCCCCCUGUCUCCUACGAUAUCCCCAAAGUAAUCCCAGUUGACAUUAGCCAAGUCCCAGUCGCCGCUCCAAUUUCCUCGGCCUCUCUGUUGAAUAAUCUCUCACUCCCGGUGGUCCAACCAAUCGUAAAGUCCAGACCUUCAAACCGGAAAUCGUCAACGUUCGGUAACUCCAGUGCAUUAGCUUGUGAGAAUGGUUAUGGUUCUGAGUCGAAAGCCAAGUUAUCAGAUGGAAAUGAAAGUUCCGGUACGUUGGGAUUUUCUAGCGAUGACAAGGAGGAGGAGGGUGAAGGUUUUGAAGGUUAUAUAAACCCACCAGCAGAGUCUGGUUUAAGCUCGCGAGCGCAUUCAUCUGAGGCUUCCUCUUGCGGAGAGGAUGAUGGGAACGAUAAAGCUCCUCGCCAUGUCAAAAGGCCGUCAAUUGUGACAUUUCGUGACCCCCAUGAAGAGUCAAUUCGUUCUGAGGAAGGAGGAAGUGUUGUUAGCGUGAGCCCAAAGGUUGCGAGAAAUGUGAAGAAAGGGGUGUGCUAUCGAUGCCUUAAGGGAAACCGGUUCACCGAGAAGGAGGUUUGCAUUGUUUGUGGGGCUAAGUAUUGUUAUAAUUGCGUGCUGAGAGCAAUGGGGUCGAUGCCAGAAGGAAGAAAGUGUGUUACUUGCAUUGGUUUUAAUAUCAAUGAGAAGAGGCGAGGGAUGCUGGGGAUGUGUUCUAGGAUGCUCAAGCGGCUGCUCAGUGAUUUGGAAGUUAAACUGAUAAUGGAAGCUGAGAUUUUGUGUGAAGUGAAUCAGGUACCACCAGAGCUUGUUUUUGUGAAUGGUGAGCCUCUUAGUCAAGAAGAGCUUGUUCAAUUGCAGAACUGCAAACACCCACCAAAAAAUCUACGACCAGGAUGCUAUUGGUAUGACAGACUAUCUGGUUUGUGGGGAAAGGAAGGACAAAAGCCUUCCCAGAUUAUUAGCCCCCAGCUGGAUGUUAGGGGCAUCAUCAAGCGAGAAGCAAGCAACGGAAACACAAAUGUAUUGAUAAACAGUAGGGAAAUUACGAAAGAUGAGCUCUUGAUGCUGAAGGUGGCUGGGGUGACAUGUGAAGGACAGCCUCACUUUUGGGUAAGUGCUGACGGGGAAUACCAGGAAGAGGGGCAGAAUCAUAUAGAGGGUAGAAGUAGAAUAUGGGACAAGACAAUAACAAGGCUGGUUUGUGCGGUCUUAUCUCUGCCAGUUCCUCCUGAUUCUAAAAAUCAUUCUGGGGGAGAAGUGAAUGGAGUUAUCGCAGACAACCUUGAGCAGAAAAAAUCACUUCUUAAACUUCUUUUAGUUGGUUAUGACAAAUCUGGCACGAGUACCAUAUAUAAACAGGCCAAGCUUCUGUAUGAUGUUCCCUUCUCUGAAGAUGAGAGACAAGCUAUUAAGUUUAUGAUCCAAAGAAAUUUGUACUUGUAUCUCGGUAUACUUCUUGAGGGGCGUGACCAAUUUGAAGAACAAAGUCUGCUUGAGAAGAGGAAAAGACGUGGUAUCGAUAACUCCGGGCCUUCAGCAGGUGAUACAAUCCAGAUUGAUGAUACAACAAUCUAUUCCAUUGGUCCUAGAGUGAAACGUUUCUCAGAUUGGCUCCUCCAAGUUAUGGUGUUGGGUAAUUUGGAGACCAUAUUUCCAGCUGCUACUCGUGAAUAUGCACCAUCUGUUGAAGAGUUGUGGAAUGAUGCAGCCAUUCAAGCGGCAUAUGGCCGGAGGAAUGAAUUAGAAAUGCUACCUAGAGCAGCUACUUAUUUCCUAGAUCGGGCUGUAGAGAUUUCUAGGACAGAUUAUGAACCUUCUGACAUGGACAUCUUGUAUGCUGAGGGGAUUACCUCAUCUGAUACCGUUGCUUGCAUGGAAUUUUUAUUUCCCAAGUCAUCACUUGAUGAAUUAGUCGACUCUGCCUAUCAGCACGAUCCUUCAAUAAGGUACCAACUCCUCAGAGUGCAUCCAAGAAGCCUAGGAGUAAACUGCAAGUGGUUGGACAUGUUUGAAGACGCUGAUAUUCUGGUAUUUUGUGUUGCCUUGACUGACUAUGAUGAAUGUUCUGAAGACUUUAAUGGAGUCUUGACCAACAAGAUGAUGGCCAGCAAGCAGCUGUUUGAAAGCAUAGUCACUCAUCCGACCUUUGAGAACAAGAACUUCCUGCUGAUUCUCAACAAGUUUGACCUGCUUGAGGAAAAGAUCGAACAGGUGCCUCUCACACGAUGUGAAUGGUUUCAUGACUUCAAACCCGUUACCAGCCAGAAUGUUCACAACAGCACGAACCCUUCUUUGGCUCAACGUGCUUUCCACUAUAUAGCAAUGAAGUUCAAGAUACUGUUCCGUUCUCUCACAGAUAACAAGUUGUUUGUUUCCCGAGUAACUGGGUUGGAAAAGGAUACGGUCGAUGAUGCUCUCAGAUAUGCAAGGGAGAUUGUGCUGUGGGAAGAAGAGAAACCUUACUCCAUUACCGACAUGUGUAUGUCCUCUACCGAGGCAAGCACCACCACAUGAUUUUUUUUUUCUUUUUUUUUUUUGUAUAUACACACGCACACUCGAUCGAAUUGAAACGUGCAUGUAUAGGAGAAUCCCAUAAUGAGUCCUGUGUUUUGGUUUUAGAUAUUUUUGACAUGUAUCAAAAGGGAUAUUUCCAAAAAGUUGUAGCCCUUUCAGAUUUAUCAAGUAAAAGAAUAUGUUAUUAUUUCUGUCA